ACCAUCGUCAAGAUCUGUACGCUCCACAGAAGUGUCGACGCACCUUUCUUUGUAGCUGCACAGUUUUGCGAUAACAUGGAUCCCAAAAUUGAGCUUCCUACGCAUUGGUACACUUUACCACCACCAACUCCUGUCGAAACAGCGCAAGAAACAAUAUCGACAAGGCCUUUCUACAAACGUCCACGCGUGAUCAGCAUCAUCUCUGCUGUCGUUAUUGCGCUCAUCAUCGCCAUUGUCGUACCUCUAGCUGUCAUUUUGCCAAAGAACAGUAAGGCAGAAGAACGUCAUACCUCUAUCAUGCUCCCCUUGUACAUCUAUCCUGAGACGAAUGCUACCUGGGCACCUCUCUAUUCUGCACUUUCGGCAAGACCGGACUUGAAAUUUACUGUCAUCAUCAAUCCAGGCAGUGGUCCUGGAUCGUCACAAUACCCCGACGAGAGGUACGCAGCAUCCCUUGAACGGCUCGCAACCUACUCCAACGUCGAGAAGCUAGGAUACGUACAUACACUGUACGCCACCAGAAACUUGUCAGAAGUGAUCUCCGACUUGAACGUCUACGCGGGGUGGGUAUCAGGGAACCAGGCUUUCGCAAUGGACGGAGUCUUCUUCGAUGAAUCGCCUCAUGAGUUUAGUCAAGAAGCUGUAGAUUUCAUGCUCAGCGCAUCUCAAGCCGUCAAAGACGCGCAGGGCUUCCAGGGAUCAAAGCUAGUUGUUCGCAACCCCGGCGUUGUGCCUGACAGCAGAUUCACCGAUUCCAACACAGACAUUAGUGUGCUCUUUGAACAGACGCAUGAUGAGUACAAGCUGCAAGAGUCGGAGCUUUCAGCAAUGAAUCACGAUCGAGCACACCAUUGUUUCAUGGUCCAUUCGUUGCCGACCAUGGAACAGGGCGAGAUGCAAGGUUUCGUCGAUACGCUUAGCAGAGGAGCUGAGUAUCUCUUCGUAACAAGUAACGCGGGGCAGUAUUACGAGCAAUUUGGGGCUGACUGGUCUCAAUUUGUCGAGACCAUCGCGACGUAAGUCGCGUAAGUCGCGUUGUAAGCAGUGUACCAUUCGGGUUAGAUCAACCGCAUCAUCGCAUCGCUGCUAUUCUAGUUUUAGCUAGCCUCGAAAG